CAAGGGUUCUGCAAAUAUGAAACAUUAGGGAGAGAAGGGCUGAGAGGAGGAGCCCCUCCCACCCUCGACGCGCCACUGCCGCCGCCGCUGCCACGCCAUACUCCAACAGAUUGAAACUUUUUCAUUUGGGAAGGCAAGCAAAAGCAAAGCAAGAGAGAUAGGUAAGCUUUAAAAGCUCCUGUCACGUACUCUUUGAUUUUGCUUUUUAUAUUGUCAUUUUGAUGAUCUGAAGAAAAGUGAAAAUAAGAGAGAAAAAUGAGUUAUAUUUCCAUGAUUGCUCCAAUUGCUUCGAAACUAUUGGAUUUCAUAUUCCCUCCCAUCACCAAUCAAUUUGGUUAUCUGUUUCACUACAAUAAAAAUGUGAAAAACAUCAGAGAAUUACUUGAGAAAUUGCAAGAUAAGAGAUCUAGGGUUGAAGGAGGGUAUGUAGCCAAAAGAAAUGGGGAACUCAUUGAAUCAGAUGUUGAGAGGUGGCUGACUGAAGUAGGUGAGAUUGUUGAGAAAUUGGGAAAAUUCUUGGAAGAUGA